GCACGAUGAUCCCCAGGUCCGGCGGGGACUACGCCUACAUCGGGGAGGCGUUCGGCCCGCUGCCGGCCUUCCUGUACCUCUGGGUGGCGCUGUUCGUCAUCGUGCCGACGGGCAACGCCAUCACGGCGCUCACCUUCGCGCAGUACAUCCUGCAGCCCGCCUGGCCCACCUGCGAGCCACCGGACGAGGUCAUCAGGCUGAUCGCCGCCAUCGUCACGUGCGUUCUCACGGCCAUCAACUGCUACAACGUCAAGUGGGCGACCCGCGUGCAGGACCUGUUCACGGGCACCAAGCUGCUGGCGCUCGUGGUCAUCAUCCUGACCGGGCUGUACGCCCUGGGCGCCGGCAAGACGGAGAACUUCCAGCAGCCCUUCCAGAACACCAUCACGUCGCCGGGUCACAUCGCGCUGUCGUUCUACUCGGGGCUCUUCUCGUACGCGGGAUGGAACUACCUGAACUUCGUGACGGAAGAGCUGAAGGAUCCCUACAGAAAUCUACCUCGCGCCAUCUGCAUCUCCCUUCCCAUGGUGACCAUCAUCUACGUGUUGGCUAACAUCGCCUAUUUCGUGGUACUUACUCGCGACGAGCUGCUGUCCUCCAACGCCGUGGCUGUGCUCUUCGGCGAGAAGAUGCUGGCCGUCAUGUCGUGGACCAUGCCCGUCUUCGUGGCCUGCUCGACGUUCGGCGCGCUCAACGGCGCCAUCUUCGCGUCGUCGCGCCUCUUCUUCGUCGGGGCGCGCCAGGGCCACCUGCCCACUGCCAUCGCGCUCAUCAACGUCAAGAGGCUCACCCCGGUGCCCUCGCUCGUCUUCUUGUGCAUAAUCACCCUGGUGCUGCUCGUGAUCAAGGACGUGUACGUCCUCAUCAACUACGUCAGCUUCGUCGAGUCCUUCUUCACGCUCGUGUCCGUGUCCGGGCUGCUGUACAUGCGCCGCUCCAAGCCGGAUCUGCACCGGCCCAUCAAGGUCAGCAUCGUGCUGCCGCUGAUCUUCUUCGUCAUAUGCACGUUCCUCGUGACGUGCCCGUUCUACGUGAGUCCGGUGGAGGUCGGCGUCGGCAUCGCCAUCAUCUUGGCCGGCAUCCCAGUCUACUUCGUCUUCAUCUACUGGAAGAACAAGCCCGACUGGCUCACCAAGUCUUCGCACGCGUUCAACCUGAUGUGCGCCCGGCUGUUUGAGUGUGUCCUGGAGGACCAGCGGUGACCCACUCGCCACAGCAGUCGGUGUACUCUCGAUGCACAUUCCCAUCGGCCUGUUCGGUUCUCCGAUUAAAUUCUUGAACCACAACAAUAUGCCACUUUCCGGAAAGGAAGUUGACCUGUGAUACGUGUAGUCUGUCUGCUUGGUUGAACACUGAGGGAUGUCAGGGUAUUUAAAAUGUCUUGUCGCGGACGGUUGACGGUACUAUCGGCUGUUCUGCCCUUGGCAUUGUAUGGUGUUGAAUAUUUUGCCUGUUAUUUAUUAAUUAUCUUCGAGGACAUUCUUUAUAUUUUUACUUCUUGUGCUUCGGCCAUCUUUUUCACUUUCACUAAAAGGCGAAUUUUAUGUUUUGAGUAGCAUUUGCCUCUGUCUUUUUUGUAUUGGGAAUUGUCCUAAAAUGUUUGGACUAAUUUAAAAAAGUGAAACGCAUACUUUGAAGAUGUGUGUUUCCAUAUUUAUUAACUUUACACUUUUGGGUAAGCCUCCCAAUGAUAUUCAAGUUCCAUCUUAUUUAUAUUAUUGAGCCACCUAUCGGCAAAAAUACUUCUAUUUUAGUACUACUUUUAUUUAUAAAUCAUGGAUCUGAGUGCCCUGUAUAUCACUGUCAAUUGU